CUCUCUCUCUUCCUUCCCUCCAACUCUCCUUCCAAACCCUCACCACAUACCAAAUUACACCUGCAAAAACCUCCACUCCCCUACCUCUACUCGGCGCUGCUCGAUAAUGGGGAAGGACGAGGACGAAAUGCGUGGGGAAAUCGAGGAGCGCCUUGUCAACGAGGAGUAUAAGAUUUGGAAGAAGAACACCCCCUUUCUGUACGAUCUGGUAAUCACUCACGCCCUCGAGUGGCCCUCCCUCACCGUCGAGUGGCUGCCGGACCGCCAGGAGCCUCCGGGUAAGGAUUACUCCGUGCAGAAGAUGAUCCUCGGCACCCACACCUCCGAGAAUGAGCCCAAUUAUUUGAUGGUGGCUCAGGCUCAGCUUCCCCUAGAGGAUGCUGAGAAUGAUGCUCGCCAGUACGAAGAUGAGCGCUCUGAAUUCGGCGGUUUCGGCUGCGCUAAUGGCAAGGUGCAAAUCAUUCAGCAAAUUAACCAUGAUGGGGAAGUGAAUCGUGCUCGCUAUAUGCCUCAAAACCCGUUUAUUAUUGCCACUAAGACUGUUAGUGCAGAAGUUUAUGUCUUUGAUUAUAGCAAGCAUCCAUCUAAGCCUCCCUUGGAUGGUGCGUGCAACCCUGAUCUGAGGCUUAGGGGCCAUAGUACCGAGGGAUAUGGGUUAUCAUGGAGCCAGUUCAAGCAGGGUCAUUUGUUGAGUGGUUCAGAUGAUGCCCAAAUAUGUUUAUGGGACAUAAAUGUGACUCCAAAGAAUAAGGCUUUAGACGCCAUGCAAAUUUUCAAGAUUCAUGAAGGUGUGGUUGAAGAUGUAGCGUGGCAUCUUAGGCAUGAAUACUUGUUUGGGUCUGUUGGAGACGAUCAGUAUUUGCAUAUAUGGGAUCUUCGUAAUCCAUCAAUGAGCAAGCCAGUACAAUCUGUAGUUGCUCAUCAGAGUGAGGUAAAUUGCUUAGCCUUCAAUCCGUUUAACGAGUGGGUUUUAGCAACCGGAUCUACUGACAAGACUGUUAAAUUAUUUGAUAUGCGAAAGCUUUCGACUGCCCUCCACACCUUUGAUUGCCACAAGGAGGAGGUUUUCCAGGUUGGAUGGAACCCAAAAAACGAGACUAUCUUAGCUUCUUGUUGUCUUGGUAGGAGAUUAAUGAUCUGGGAUCUUAGCAGGAUUGACGAAGAACAAACACCAGAGGAUGCGGAGGAUGGGCCACCAGAGUUGUUAUUCAUCCACGGUGGUCAUACAAGCAAGAUUUCAGACUUUUCAUGGAACCCAUGUGAGGAUUGGGUUGUUGCUAGUGUGGCCGAAGAUAAUAUACUGCAAAUUUGGCAGAUGGCAGAAAACAUCUAUCACGACGAAGAUGAUCUGCCAGGGGAUGAUUCUACCAAAGCUUCCUAGUUCACAACUGACCAAAAUAUCCAUGCCAUGUACUAUGUUGUGGUAAUUAACUCUUCUACUUCUUCUUUCCUGAUGUAUCAUUAACUUCAAGUAUUUAUAUUACUUUCAGUGUCAAACUCAUUUUUUUUAUAA